AUGUUCACUGAUCAGAGAAACAGGAGACAGAGCCUCUUUCCCAACUGCAAACUAGCGACUUCUGAGUCGAUAGACGACACCGUCCCAUUCGCUAAAGAGUGUCUGGUGAAACAAUGGAGCUCUUUAAGCGAACUACAGGCGGAUAUCUACGACAUUUUUGCGGAUGUCGACGAUGAGGAGGUUGAGAGGUAUUCAGAGCCUUCGUUAUGGUUUACCAGCACAUCACCAAGCAGGAAUUGCACGCUUAACCUCAACGUUGGAGGAAAGCCCUACCGUAUCACCUACAAGAUGGCAGCGAGAUACCCACAGAGCAGACUAGGCCGUCUGGCCACCUACACUGACCUCAACAUGAAGCUGAACCUCUGCGAUGACUACGUCGUGAAGGACAACGAAUACUUCUUCGACCGAGAUCCGGACGUCUUCAACAGCAUCUUCAACUUCUACAGGACCGGUGUGCUGUGGAUCAAGGAAGAGCUCUGUCCGAGGAACUUCUUGGAGGAGAUCAAUUACUGGGGCGUUCGGAUCAAAUACUCUCAACGGUGCUGUCGGAUCCUGCUCGAGGAGAAGCACGACGAGCUGUGCGAACAGCUCAAGGUUCAGAAGGAACUGGAGGCGGAGGUGGUAAUCGAACAAAACGAGGAGGCGUUCGACCGCAUGUUUCUCGGCGAGACGCGCCGCUCGCUUUGGAACUUCAUGGAGAAUCCGUUCUCCUCGGUCCAGGCGAAACUCAUGGCAGUCGCCUCGAGUUUGUUUGUGCUGGUGUCGCUGGUUACGAUGACUCUGUCUACGGUGGAAGAAAUGGAGAACAUGGCAUCCAUUAACCAGUUUACUGGCAAGACAUGCGGAGAGAUUGUAGAGACUCUGUGCAUAACCUUCUUCACCACCGAGUACCUGUUGCGUGUGGUUUCAACCCCAGAUAUCUGUAGCUUUGCUAAGAGCGUACUGAACGCGGUAGACCUCAUGGCCAUCCUACCGCAGUUGCUGCAGUUCGUGCUCGAGACCUUUGAGGACUUCGUUCCUGGGAAACAAAAUGCGGACAUGAAGACUGUAGGUCAAGUGAGCAAGGUUGGGCAAGUGCUGCGAAUCAUGCGACUCAUGCGUAUUUUUCGGGUUCUGAAACUGGCGCGUCACUCCACGGGGCUGAGAGCGUUUGGCUUCACGUUGAGGCAGUGCUAUCACCAGGUGGGGUGUCUCUUUCUCUUUAUUGCCAUGGGGAUCUUCACAUUCUCUGCCAUGGUGUAUAGCGUUGAAUUCGACGCCCCAAAUACCAACUUUACCAGUAUUCCACAUUCUUGGUGGUGGGCAUCUGUGAGCAUCUCCACUGUAGGCUAUGGUGACAUGUAUCCAGAGACCCUAUUGGGGCGGAUAUUUGCCUUUGGCUGCAUUUCCUUUGGGAUCAUUUUGAAUGGCCUUCCAAUCUCCCUCCUCUUCAAUAAAUUCUCAGAUUACUACGCCAAACUGAAGUCUCAUGAAUACACUUCCAACAUGAAGAACAGAGGGAAGGUUAACUUCAUCCUGAGAGCCAAGAAGAAACUAAAAGAAAUUAGCUACAUCGAAAUUAAUGACACUGUUUCAUAGACACUAGUAGAGUUCCCAAAAGGGAUCAUUUUCUAAAAAAAGUCUCUAAAGUGCCAACAGUAAACGAUGAAAUGGUACAUACUUGCGGUCUGUUAUUUCUCAUUACCUGAUCCUUGAGCAUUAUCGGUUGUUUAAUGUUCAUGGCAUGCACAUAUCUUUGGUAAUGAAGUUGUACUAAAGCAAUAAAGUACAUUUUAAUGUUUGGACAUCAUGUAACUCUGUACCUCUUCUAGUUCCCUGUUAAAUUAUGCUUUUCACCUGGUAACAGAAGCACAUUUAUACACAUAACACUAACGGUGACCUGCAUUAUCCUCACAGUUGACGUUCUACCUCGCACAUCCUGACUUGGUGAAAUCAGGUUCUUACCUCUCAGGUAACCUUACCUGCCCUUUUAUAACUCAACCUGUCUGACAACCCCAACAGAAGAUUACAGUUAAUCUAAUUUACAAAGUUUCCCUGACGUCUCCAAUUAAAUUAACACCGUAUUUAGCCUCCAAAGACAAUUCCUAUUUGUUCUCAACAAUUUCUCUGAGACCAUACAAGCCUUUGGGUUCAGGUCAAAUUGUCACAAAAUUUAAGACUGACAUAUAGUGACUUAAUACUCCCACAAUGAAAAAAAAACUGGUCUCAUCUGUUUUGGUAUUGAGUUUACUAAGAAUCUCUGGAAAAACAUUUUGAGUAUUUUUUGUGUGUGGUAGCCUAUAAUUCCUGAUAUCUCUUUGAAAUAUGAAAAUGUUAUUCUUGGUUAUACGCAUUAUGAGAGAGAAGAUUUGGAUGUUUUUUAUUUGUUCAAUCUUAAUUUGAAAAGUGUUAAAGAGUGAGCCUUUCUUUAACAUUUUUCUUGAACUCCACAUCUGAUUUCUGAUUCUCUAAUAAGAAAGCUGUGAAAACAGUUAAUCUUUUUUUUCUUGCUCCCUGGCUAUAUUGUCAUUCAGUAUUUUUCUGUUUUCUAUAAUAAUACUAAUAAUGUAUAGGUAUGUGACAAACUGACCAUAUACGCGCGAGCGCUUUGUUCCCGCAGCUGUGUUCCCAGCAGGUAUUCAGCGCCAGACGCGUUGGUGACUUAGGAAAUCUGUCGUAUCUUUGCUUUGUGAAUACCUCUAAAGCCCGUAUACUAGUGACGUAAAUUACGUCAUCACGUUGAUUCUGACGUUCAAAUUUCUAAGAUGGCUGUAGUAAGAAGAAAGUUAGAAGCGACGCAACUUUUCUCUCGUGUUUGGCAUCAAAAUCCUCUAUGAAUUUGAGUAUUUUUUUGUUUCAAACCCAAUACUUUUGAUAGAUUAUACAUUUAACUUGAAUUAGGUGAAGUUUGGGAUUGAUUGUAACAUUCGCAUGUGUUUUUUUACGAUCCGCAAGUGACGUUGUCGUCAAACGCAGAAUCGGCCAUUCGCUCUAUGAUAAUGGCUUCCAAAACUUCUCCCUGUUUUCAUCAAUCCGUGCAGUA